UCCAAGAGUUCCGGGCGCCGGGCAACAGAGAGAGGAAGUGUUCUCCCUGGAGGCCUCUCUCCUUCAGACCGGAAGAGCUGCUCGUGAAGCGAAAUCAUAGAAGGCAGCUGGGCUUCCCGAGAAGGACCGGAAAGGAGCGCCUCCUCAGGACGCCGUCGAGGUCCGGGGCGCCUCAACUCUAUAGUUCUAAGUGGCUAGAAGUGCCCAAUUCAGUUUUUUUUUUUUUACGCGGCUCCGCGGGUGACCCGGAAGCGGAAGUGGAAGAAAGUUCUAGUGGAUUGAGAUUAAGCCUGAUCAAGAUGACAACCUCCCAAAAGCAUCGAGACUUCGUGGCAGAGCCCAUGGGGGAAAAGCCAGUGGGGAGCCUGGCCGGGAUUGGUGAAGUCCUGGGCAAGAAGCUGGAGGAAAGGGGCUUUGACAAGGCCUACGUGGUCCUUGGCCAGUUUCUGGUGCUAAAGAAAGAUGAAGAUCUCUUCCGGGAAUGGCUGAAGGACACAUGUGGCGCCAAUGCCAAGCAGUCGCGGGACUGCUUUGGAUGUCUUCGAGAGUGGUGCGACGCCUUCUUGUGAUGCUCUUUGGGGAACCCUUCAGCCCCAGCCCCAGCAUUGAGUCUCCAGAGUUUGCAGCCGAGUAGGGACUCUUCCCCUGCCCUCUACAAAGGAAAAGAUUGCUGUUGUUGUACUCACCUCCGACGUACUCCAGGGUCUUUUGGGAGUUUCUCCCCUAACCAUUUCAACUUUUUUGGAAUUUUCACUCUUGCAUGCAUCUCCCUUCCUUCUUCCCCUGCCAGUUUUCUGGUGAAAGUUGUGAGCUUUCCUGAGUGGAUUCCUCGCCCCUUCCCUUACCUCCAUCCUCACCUCCUGUCUGUUUGAUACCAUUUGGCUCCUUUUUUGGCAAGAAUAGUCACUGUCCUCGUAAAGUUUUUUAGCUCAAUAAAGUCAGUGGCCUUCAUGA